UGGAGGUGGUGCUGGAGUCGGGUCGUCUGGUGGUGGAGUGGACAAGGGGACCCUGCCAGGUCCGGCUGAGCAGCAGCAGCAGUAGUCGCAGCAGCAGCAGCAGCAGCAGCAGCACCAGCAGCAGCAGCAGCAGCAGCAGCAGCAGCAGCAGCAGCAGCAGCAGCAGCCGCAGCCGCAGCAGCCGCCGCAGCCGCAGCAGCUGCACCAGCUGCAGCAGCCGCCGCAAACGAGGCAGGCGAGUGUCGUCCCGCCCGGGUGGCCUGGCGCUGGUGGUGGUCGUGCGCGUGGCGUAGGAGCUUCUGCCUUGUUUAGCCUU